AUGCGAAAAAUCAUCCUCCUUCCUCUCACCACGCGACAAGCCCUAGUAUUUUGCCAAAAAGCGAUCGAGAAGCCGACCAGCAAACCGAGCAUUGCCGACCGAAUAACUAAAAAGGCAGCGGAAACAUGGGCGCAGUGGGAGACUGCUAAAAAGGGAUGGAGGAAGACACUCGUUUACUACGGUAACCGGGGCCUCCAGCGCAUCCCUUACCAAGAAUGGGGACUGAAGAGCUUUCCUCCCUCGAAUCCCAAACUGCAGGCCGAGCAGAUCACAGAAGGGAAGAAAUUCGACGUCAUCUUCCCCAGUAAUGUCAUGCACAAAGAAGACGUCCCAAAGGUGCUGGCCAGGCUGGCGCGAGAGAGGAAACAACUGCAUUGGAACAGAUUCAUUGGUAGUAUGGUGGCCAUGCCAAUUUGCAUACCGUUUGCGCUGGUACCCAUAAUACCUAAUAUCCCGUUCUUCUAUGCUGCAUAUCGGUGUUGGUCACAUUGGAGAGCUCUAAAAGGUUCAGAUCACCUAGACUUUAUCCUCGAUAACAGACUGUACCGCCCCGUCUCACCGCCAGAGAUUGAAGAUCUGUACGAACAAGUCGCUCCUGAUGCCCCGGAUUUCACGUUUGUCACACCGAGUCAAGCCUCGGAUGGCACUGCACCGCCGGAGCAGAUUAUACUUCCAGCAGAAUGCCACAAUCUGGUGGCCAAGGUGACAGGUGUUCCAGAGCUGAGUGGCGAGGUGGAACGGGCUGUGUGGCAGAUCCAGCGCCAGUUCAAGCGAGAGCAAUCGCAGCAAGAGAAGCAGAAGCAGCUACAACAGCCACCCAAGCACGAUGCUGGUCAGCGUGACCCAGAGAAGAAGGGUAGUGGCUCAUGA